CUCUGGUCUCUCCCACAGCUGGGCUCCAUCCUGCUCUGCGCGCUGCUCCUGGCAGCCUCCCUUGUCAAGGCUGCUCCCUCCGCCGACGAGGUGACCUACCUGCCGGGGCUGGCCAAGCAGCCCUCCUUCCGGCAGUACUCGGGGUACCUGCACGUCGGCCAAAACAAACACCUGCACUACUGGUUCGUGGAGGCUCAGAGCAACCCUGAGAGCAGCCCUCUGGUGCUGUGGCUGAACGGGGGACCUGGCUGCAGCUCCAUGACUGGCUUAUUGACCGAGCACGGCCCCUUCACGAUCCAGCCAGAUGGGACCACCCUGCAGUACAAUGACUAUUCCUGGAACAAGAUUGCGAACAUGCUGUACCUGGAGUCCCCAGCGGGGGUUGGCUUCUCCUACUCGGAUGACAAAAACUAUGCCACCAACGACACUGAGGUGGCCCACAAUAACUACCUGGCGCUGAAGGAAUUCCUCCGCCUCUUCCCCGAGUACGGCCAGAACUCGCUGUUCCUCACCGGCGAGAGCUACGCCGGCAUCUAUAUCCCCACGCUGGCCGAGUGGGUGAUGCAGGACGCCAGCAUCAACUUGAAGGGCCUCGCCGUGGGAAACGGCCUCUCCUCCUACGAGAUCAAUGACAACUCCCUGGUGUACUUCUCCUAUUACCACGGCCUCCUGGGAACCCGGCUGUGGACUGAUCUGCAGAACUUCUGCUGCUCCCAGGGGAAAUGCAACUUCCAUAAAAACCCCAACCUGAACUGCACGCUCAGGAUGGAAGAGAUGAUCCAGAUUGUGGAGGAGUCCGGCCUGAACAUCUACAAUCUCUACGCCCCGUGUGCUGGCGGCGUCCCGGGGGUGUACAGGUAGGAACCGCGGGCGCCCGGGGGUCUCAGCAGCCCCGGCAGCAGGGGGGGCAAGUUUCCCCCCCUCUCCCAGAGUCUGCUGCAGACCCUUGCAGCCAAGAAAGGGCUUCACCUGGAGCCCCCCUGCACCAACUCCACGGCCUCCAGCCUCUACCUCAACGCCCCCCAGGUGCUCAAGGCGCUGCACAUCUCUCCCGAGGCGCCCAAGUGGAGCAUCUGCAGUUCGGAGGUGAACCACAACUACAACCGGCUGUACAUGACCAUGAACGACCAGUACCUCAAGCUGCUCGGCACCAAGAAAUACCGGAUCCUGGUGUACAACGGUGACAUC